AUACUUAAAGGGACAGUACAAUAAAUCGUGUAAGAUCUUCAGACAAGCGCGAACGCUUUGCUUUUCUACCUCAAACAGUUGUUUAUUCACAUUUUCUAAAAAUGUCCCGAGUUCUUAUAGUUGGGGCUGGACUCACAGGUAGUUUAUGUGCCUGUCUGCUGAGGAGGGAACUGCCAAACAAAGUUAAUAUAGUCGUGUGGGACAAAUCUCGCGGUGCAGGGGGUAGAAUGUCCACAAGCAGAAGUCCAAACAAUCCUUCUUGCUCGGUUGAUCUUGGAGCUCAAUACAUCAGUGCCACACAGUACUAUGCUCAAAUUCACAGCAGCUUUUAUGAAGAACUCCUAGCGCAAGACAUUUUAAAACCCCUCAGUGCUCCUGUUGAAGGCCUGAUGGUAAAGGAAGAAGGAAUGGUGAACUAUGUGACACCUCAUGGGGUCUCCUCCAUCGUCAAACACUAUCUCAAAGAGUCAGGAGCAGAGGUUUUCUACAACCGACACGUCACUCACAUUCACCGGAAAGACACUGGCUGGGAAGUGUGUCGCAAAGAAGGAGCUCCAGAGCGGUUUGACGUAGUGGUUUUAACCAUGCCAGUUCCCCAAAUCCUCCAGCUGCAAGGAGACGUGGGUUCUUUGAUGGGGGAGAAUCAGAGGAGAAAGCUGGAGGCUGUCAGCUACUCUUCCCGCUACGCACUUGGACUCUUCUACAAAGCCGACACACGGAUCGACGUCCCUUGGGCGGCCAAGUACGUCUCAAAUAAUCCCUGCAUUCGCUUCAUCGCCAUAGAUGAUAAAAAGCGCAAUUUAGAAUCAAAAGUCUCCGGACCUUCUGUGGUGGUCCACACCAGUGUGCCCUUUGGCAUCCAGCACUUGGAAGAGGAGAAGGAUGCUGUGCAGCCCAUCAUUCUGGAAGAGCUGAAAAAGCUGAUGCCAGAGCUGCCUAAACCUGAGAGUGUCAAGUGUCAGAAGUGGAGAUAUUCACAGGUGACAAGAUCGGUGGCUGAUUGCCCAGGGCAGAUGACAGUGCUCUCCCAGCCUCUGCUGGUGUGUGGGGGGGACGGAUUCACACACUCCAAUUUCGACGGCUGCAUCGAGUCUGCCCUGAAGGUCUUUGCGGUUCUGAAGUCUUCUCUUUGAAAGGAGGUUGGAAAAGUAUGCCUUUAUUUUUGGUUUUUAUUAUGAAGGAUGGCACAUUGAUUUAGAUUUAAGCCCCUCACUGCAGGAAGAUGGAUGUACUGCACAAAGCACAGUCUCGUCUGGGUGUGCAGACGCAUUUUGUAACAAAAACCAAUUAUAUAGGAUUAAAGACAACCGAGCACUGUGCAGCUUCAGUUGUGACAGAGCCUGAUGCCUCAAACUGGAUUUAACAAUGUCUUGAGCUAUGGUGUUCUGGAUGUGUAGCAGAUAUUUUGUGUAGUCUGAGAUUAAUAAAAAAUUAUUGAUACAUGCUUGAA